AUGGUCGCUACCAGGCUCGAGUCUCGCAAGUCUCUGCUCGGCGCCGAUCCAGGCUUUGCUGAGCAGGGCAUGCAUUAUCAGGGAAACUACUCCCCCAACCAGGCCUACCCCGACGCCUAUCCCCAAGGCCAUCCUAACGGAACCUACACCCAGCCAUCCCUCACCCAGCCCACCUACGCCGAAAACGCCAGCAUGGUGGGAAACGAUUACUAUCAGGGCUACGCCGGCCGCGAAGGUCUGACGUCGAGCCACGCCCAUAGCACCCAUCGGGAUAACUUUGGCUUCCUCAAACGCAAAUGGCCCGCUGCCUUCAUGGGAGUAACAGGCCUUCAGGCCAUCAUCUGCCUCGGCUUUGAAGCCUACGUAUUUGGAAAGUUUCAACUCAGUCUUGGAGAUCACGUCAACGAACCCCGCGUACAGUCACAAUAUCUCACCAUUCCAACUUUUCUUACUCUCUUCAUUUUUGGUUUCCUCUACGAGCUGGUCAUAGUCUGGGAUGCUCUUCGCAUGAAGAACACGAUUCAAGUCAUUGGCGUCUGCAUCGCUAAUCUAGCUCUGCUCGUUUACACGGCCAUCCAAGUCGACCAGAUUCAGAUGGCAGUCACCGUUCUGGCCAGCUUCAAUGCUCUUGAUCACAACAUCACCGCGCAUGAGCUUUGGGGCGAUAUCAGAGCCUUUCUCGUUGCUAUUCCUGCCAUUAUUGCCCUUACCACCAUAUGCAUGGGUUUUUGCGCGUGGAAGCUUUACCAAGAAUUCGCCUGGGAUAUUCUCAAGAACAUUGGCGCAGACUAUCGCAUGAAGAAGCGCUUCCUCCACUAUCAAAUUUACAUCGCUCUGCUCAAGUUUGACUUUUUCUUCUUCCUCGGCUUCAUCAUCCAGUUUGUCGUUGUCGUUGCCAAAAAGUCCGAUCCCGAGUUCGCCGUUACCGUCGCCUCCAUUCCCGUCACGAUUGCCAUUCUUCUCGCCGCCGCCUUCUUCACCAAAAAGGAAAACAAAUGGGGCAUGGCCGUUACUCUCGUCCUCUACGUUGGUGGCCUCGUCUACUUUGUUUUCAAACUCGUUCGCAUUUAUCAGCCCGGCUUCAAGGAGCUGUACAUUGCCGUCCGCAAAUCUUUGACCGCCUUUGCCGUCAUCACCAUCCUGCUCAUCCUCCUAACCAUUGUCAACGGCAUCAUUUGCAUGCGCAACUUCGGUGCUGGCCUCAAGCCCCAUCUGCAGACCAGCAGAAAGGUCGAGGAGAACCCUGAUGCCAUGUCUUUUAGUCUAAACGACGUCAAGGCUGCUGUCCCCAACCGCAUGACUAUUGAGUAA